AGAUAAUGGGAUCGAAAAGUCCUUUUCACUUUCCCAUGACUACACCGGUUUUCUUUUGGGUUUUUCUUUUCUUCAACCUCUUUGUCUGGUUUCCCUUCCGCCAUGAGCGGCUAAGAAUCCGUUCAUAGGCUCUGAUGGGGUUUAAUUACAUAUCUCUAUAGGGUUUCUGCGAAUCGGGGUCAUAUUCUUUAAUUAGUGGAUUCAAUUUUUAAUUAGAAUCAAGGUUAGUGGAGGUGAUAGUCUGAUAAUCCGUCUGCAGCAGCUCGUCAGUGCACGCUUGAGUAUAAAUCGAUACAUAACAUGUCAGGGUAGACAGUUUGAUGUUAGUGAAAUCAUUUCAUCAAGGUAUCUGCAUAAUGAAAACCUGUGGACAAGCUGUCUGUUAGGUAGGUUGGCUGAACCAGUUGCAAGGAACAACUGGGAUGUUAGAAAUGCUUUACUUUUCCAGUGGAAGAUUCAAGGAGGUCUCUCUGUGAAGAUGGUGAGUGACCGGGUGUUCUUAGUGAGGUUUGAAAGAGAAGAUGAGAUGCAUAGAGAACUGGCAGUUGCAACCAGAGUUUUUUAUGGUGACUUAUGCUGCAUCAAAAUUUGGGAGAGAACUGAGAACUUAACUACUUGGAGUCCUUCAGUUAAAAUGUUCUUCAUCACUAUUCACAACUUGACUCAAGCUCAGAUAAGCAGUGAGAAUCUGAGAAGAUAUAUUGCCUGUAUGAGAGAUAUUUCUUCCUUUUCAUAUCUUGUUAGAAAUGCAAAUGGAAGUUACUCAAUCACUGUAAGGGCAAGCAUCAGAUACAAGCAGAGACUGUGCUACAGUGUAUUUGCUGAAAAUGAGAUGGGUUAUACUAAUGAAAUAUGGUUUCAGUUUCACCACUUUCAAAAUAACUAUUGUGACUACUGCAAGUUGAUUGGUCAUAAGUUCCAGAACUGUGAGCAGCAAAUGUUUGACCAACAACAGGCUGAACAACAACAAUCAGCAGCUGAUGCAAUCAUGGCAGCAAUGCAACAAAUUGAUGAGCAGCAGCAUGAACCUAUGGUUGACCAGCAAUUGGAGAAUCCAUAGUUGCAGCAUCAGGGAUUGAACUUUCAUGAAGAUAGCCUGGACAAUGCAGAUUCAUCCCAAGCUUUGUCUGAGGUCAUGCACUGAGUACCUUAAGCAUCUAGAGGAAGAUUCUGCUAGUCAUGAUAGUGGUAAAGGUACAAAAUUAUGCAAUACUGGUCCAACUAGUAAUCAACAUCUUAGUGCUGAUGUACCACUUUUUUACCACAACUCAACUAGGAAUCCUGAUGCAUACAUGUGGAAAGUUUUCCAAAAAAGGAACAAGCCUGGACAAGUACUUAAUAGGGAAUCCUAGUGUGAGUCCAGUUCUUCUCAUCAGUCUUCAAUUAACAACACUGCUUAUUUAAGGAACUGGACACUUAUGCAAUCUUAUUUCCAUUGGGAUACACCAUUUCCUGUUAUGAAAAAGCCAAGGAUUGCUGAGAUUGACAUGAAUUGUGCUUCUCAAAGUCAGCUGCAGAUUGAAAAUGUAAAGGAUAUUCCAAUGAUAGAGGAAAAUAACAAUGUGAUUGCUUAUCCCCACCAAUGGUUCAAAGGAGAAGCUUCUACUGCAAAAUCUGGCAAUAAUGAAGGUGAUUCUAAGGGAAAGGAAGUAGCUCAUUUGGUCUGAUCCAAUUAUGACCCCAAAAUGCAGAAACUUCUAUGUGGUUAACUGUGCAGAUCCCCAUCAGAAUCUAUGGCUCUUUAUUUCUUGAUUUUUUUGCUUAGUCUGCUUAUUGUCUUAGUUUUUGCUGUUUUAGUUCUCAACCUGUACUUUAGUUUAUUCCUGCAUUUUGUAUUUUCUUGCUUUCAUGCUUGUUAUAUUAGGAUCUGUAAUAUAUUCCCUUACCUUGUUUUAUCUCCUUUACCUUGCCACUGUUUUUGUG